ACGGUCACACUGGUGCUCACGUUUAGUUGUUUAUUUGUUCGGCGGUUGGUUUUUAAUUGUUUUUCGGGCAUGGCGCUCUUUAGAAACGCGUCUACCGGCUUUUGGGGCAGCUUCCGUCGGUUUGCCAGCAGCGGAUGCACCAUUUACAGCCUCAGUUCCGGUCAUGUCAAGUGCGGCGUUUCCGUAAUCCGCGUCUCCGGGCCGCAAACAAAGAAGGCACUCCGCGCCAUUGUCGCCAAUAAAGAAUACGAGCCGAAGGCCCGCCAGGCGUAUCUGAAAUCCUUCUACCACCCUGCCAGCAAGGAGAUGAUUGACCGAGGCCUUUUACUUUGGUUUCCCGGACCGGCUUCAUUUACUGGCGAGGAUUCCUGCGAAUUCCAAGUACACGGAUCCCUGGCCGUCAUUGCGGCUAUGCUGGAUGCCCUGGGAAAAGUGGAUGGUCUGAGGCCAGCGGAGCCAGGAGAGUUUACCAAGAGAGCGUUCUUCGGGGGCAAACUGGAUUUGACGGAAGUGGAGGGACUAGCGGAUCUCAUCCAUGCCGAAACGGAGGCGCAAAGGAAGCAGGCAUUGCUGCAGAGCACUGGAGCCUUGGCCCGCCUCUACGACACCUGGCGCCGGCGACUUAUCCGCUGUGCCGCCCACCUGGAGGCCUAUAUAGACUUCGCCGAGGAGGAGCAGAUCGAGGGCGGCAUCAUCCUGCAACUCACCAAAGAACUGAAGGCGGUGAGGCGUGAGAUACGCGAGCACUUGAGUGACCAGCGGCAAGGCGAGCUGCUCCGCGAUGGAGUCCGCACGGUGAUCAUCGGAGCACCCAAUGUGGGCAAGAGCAGCCUGCUCAAUCUGCUGUGCCAGCGGUCCGUGUCCAUAGUGACGGAUCAGGCGGGCACCACCAGGGAUAUAAUAGAAACCAUGCACAAUUUCGGCGGAUACCCCGUGGUAUUUGCGGAUACGGCCGGACUGCGCAGAAAUACCACGGAUAGUAUAGAACAGGAGGGAAUGCAGAGAGCCAAGGACUGCCUGGCUCAAUCCGAUUUGAUACUGCUCCUAGCGGACGCCAAGAACAUCACACAACUGACUCACGAUGACGCUGUAGCUCCAUUUGUGGAUAGUUAUCUGGGAGAAUUAGAUAUACCGCUGGACUUGUGCGCGGGAAAACGCCUGCAAUUGGUGGCCAACAAAACGGACACUCUGUCGGAUGAAGAGCACCAGCGGUUGGCCAGGCUUACCAAGGUAUUGGCCAUUUCCUGUCACAAGCCCGAUAAGAUGCCCGUUUUUCUGGGCGCUCUGGAAAAGCAGCUGCAGGAAUUGUGCGGCGAACCAAGGGCGGAAAAUCCACGGAUUACGAACACACGCUACCGGCAGCAACUGGAGCGCUGCAUAGAGAACAUCGACAUCUUUCUGCGAGAUUACAGACCCGAUGUUUACCCGGACAUGGCCAUCGCCGCCUCCAAGUUGCGCAACUCCGUGCGCUGCAUCGAACGCAUCACCGGACACAUCAGCUGCGAAGAUAUACUCGACGUCGUGUUCAAAGACUUUUGUAUUGGAAAGUAAUUGAUAACGUUAGUUUAUAGUUGCUAGGCUCAAAGAUUGUUCAGUACUGACCCGUUGAGUAUUUAAUAAAAAUUUAACUUUUA